AGUAUUGAAUUCCUCGUAGUUGUCGUUCGUACAAAUUUUCAAGUAUGGUUAACGUAUAUUUCCGAGAGAAAUAAAGACUUUCUCUGUGUAUUUUAAAAUAGUGCGAUGAAAAGUGCUUUGGUUUUAGAAAGAAUAAAAUACCAAGUUGUACAUUUCCAAAAUAAAAAAACAUGAAUGGGAUACAAUCAGGAUUUACUGGCUUCAUGAAAAUAAGAAUACUGGAAGCAUUAGAUCUCAAUAAAACUAACGUCAAAUCACAAUUUGUAACUUCAAUGAAAGUUUCCUCUCUUGAUCCAUAUUUACAAGCAUAUGUUGAUGAUCAGGUUAUUGCCAAAACCUCUAAGAAAACAGCAACAUAUUGUCCUGUUUGGGAAGAGGAUUUUAGUAUUGAUCUUCAUAAAGCCAAGAUGUUGAGUUUGACUGUUUUUCAUUCAUCUAUAGUUGGUUCAGAUUCAUUUGUUGCAAAUAGUUCUGUUUUGAUUCAAGAUAUCAUCGAUGAAGGACAAUCAGAUCUUUGGAUUCAACUAGAACCAGCUGGCAAAUUGCAUAUAUUUAUUGAACUUAAGUCAGGAGAAGAUGGGGAGCCCAGGGCAACUUCAAAUCAGUUCAAGCAAAGAGAUAGUACAUAUUUAAAUAAACGAGGGCGUAGAAAUGCUGUCCGUAGGCGCAUUCAUCAGAUAGGUGGACACAAGUUUAUGGCAACAUAUUUGCGUCAGUUUACAUUCUGCUCUCACUGUAAAGAAUUUAUAUGGGGUGUUAUUGGAAAACAAGGAUACCAAUGUCAAGUGUGCAGUAUUGUAACUCAUAAAAAAUGUCACCAUUUGAUUGUUUCAAAGUGUCCUGGUGUCAAAAUAAAAGAGGAAACAUCUUCAGAACAGAGAUAUGGCUUAAAUAUCCCACAUAAAUUCCAAACACAUUCGUACAGAUUUCCAACAUUUUGUCAGCAUUGUGGGUCUUUGUUAUAUGGUAUUAUAAAACAAGGUGUUCAAUGUAAAAAUUGUGCACUUAAUGUACACAGGAGAUGUCAAGCAAAUGUUGCAAAUGACUGUGGUGUGGACAGACGAGAGCUUGCUGAAAGAUUAAAAGAGAUAAACAAUAAAACAGCUAAUGAUAUAAUGAAAUCACCGAAGCCUACAAAUAUAAUUCAGCAUACACAAAAUGGAACAACUUGCAUCACACACGAUAAAACUAAACCAAGUAUACAAGAUAUCACUGCUUCACCUGUUGACGUAUGUCGUAAAGAUGCUUCAGAAACAAAAUAUUCACUUGACUCUUUUACUUUCUUAAAAGUUAUUGGUAAAGGAAGCUUUGGAAAGGUUAUGCUGGCAGAAAGGAAAGGUUCUUCUGAACUGUUCGCUAUAAAAAUAUUAAAAAAGAUAAACAUAAUACGUGAUGACGAUGUCGAUUGCGUACAAACAGAAAAGCGUGUUUUAACCAUCAGUGGCCAGCACCCUUACCUCACUUCGCUUCAUUCCUGCUUUCAAACACCGGAACGACUUUUUUUUGUCAUGGAGUAUGUAAAUGGAGGCGAUCUUAUGUUUCAAAUACAAAAAGCUAGAAAGUUUGAUGAAAACAGAUCAAGAUUUUAUGCUGCAGAAAUUACGCUUGCUUUGCAGUUUCUUCAUAAAAAUGGCAUCAUUUACAGAGAUCUUAAACUCGAUAAUAUAUUAUUGGACAGUGAUGGACAUGUUAAGUUAGCAGAUUUUGGCAUGUGCAAAGAUAAAAUGGCUCCAUCUGAUACAACCUCAACCUUUUGUGGAACGCCUGACUACAUUGCACCAGAGAUUGUAUGUGAUCUACCUUAUGGUGCAUCUGUUGAUUGGUGGGCCUUAGGUGUAGUGAUGUAUGAAAUGAUGGCUGGCCAGCCUCCAUUUGAAGCUGAUAAUGAAGAUGAAUUAUUUGAACGCAUUCAAUCAAGUGAAGUUUUAUAUCCAGUGUGGCUUUCACGAGAAGCGUCAUCCAUCCUUAAAGGAUUGUUAACUAAAAACUACGAAAAGCGUUUGGGGUGUGUCCCAGAUAUUGGAGAAGUGGCUAUAAAUAAGCAUCCGUUCUUUGCAAGUAUUGAUUGGAGAAAACUAGAGAAUAGACAAAUUCAUCCACCUUUUCAACCUCAAAUCAAAUCUCCCACUGAUGUAGCUAAUUUUGACACAGACUUCACACGAGAGAACCCAAGUUUUACACCUGUAGAUAAAGAGACUGUUAUGAGUCUUGCUCAAGAUGAGUUUAGCGGGUUUUCUUACGUCAAUCCAAAUUUUGUAAAACGAAGUUUACAAGAUAAAAAAACGAAAUUCACAGUGAUGAUAACAAAUUUUUAAAAAGUUUUGUGAUCAUUAAUUUUUUCUUGUUCCAGCGGUUUAUACCUUUUUGCGUAUCAAUGUGUUUUCAUCAUGUGUAUAUACUUUUGUCAGUUUUUAAAUAAGGAAUAUAUUUAAUGUCUGUCAGUUUUAAACGAAGAAUAUAUAUAUAUUUUUUUUUUGUCAAGAAAAUUUACGUUUGUUCUUGUAAACUUUUUUCCUUGUAAAUAAAUAUAACAUUUUUAGGUCUAAACGUUGAUUCAAUUUUAGAUUUAAAAUUUUUUUUAAAUAUCUUAAAAGUUUUAUAGAAUAUUUUUUGAUUUUCUUUUUUUUUAAAGUAACAUUCUUUUCUUCAUUUUUUUCUUUUUUUGCGUGUGUGUGUGUGUGUGUGUGCGAGAGUGCAUGUUAUUUAUAUAUUUUUUAUUGUUAUUUAAAGAUUUUAAAACUUACUGAACAAUUUCAUCAUGAAACAUUUCAUAAGAUUUGGUGAAAAAUAAAGAAUUUCGUUUUUAUUA